AUGGGAGGGAGCCGCGCGCGCGCCGGCCGGCCGCAGGUACAGCUAGCCCCGCUGUUGCUGCUGCUGCUGCUGCUGCUGCUGCUGCUGCCUUUGUUCGGCCCCGCGCUCGGCGAGCCGCUCCGCUACGCGAUCCCCGAGGAGCUGGACAAGGGCUCGGUGGUGGGAAAGCUCGCCAGGGACCUGGGGCUCAGUGUCCAGGACGUGUCGGCGCGGAAGCUGCGGGUGAGCGCCGAGAAGCCUCAUUUCAACGUGGACUUGGAGAGCGGGGACUUGCUGUUAUCCCUGGAGAAACCCUUAGACCGAGAACAGCAGAAGUCACACCACUUGCUACUGACUGUGAUUGAUGGCGGGGACCCGCCUCGUAGUGCCACAGCCAACAUUGACAUCUCUGUCAGGGACACCAAUGAUAACCCUCCGGUGUUCGGUAAAGACGAAUAUAGAAUCAGUCUCAGUGAAAGCCUGCCACCAGGAACCUCCGUGUUUCAGUUAACAGCCGCUGACCAGGACGAGGGGAUCAAUGCUGACAUAAAGUACUACUACGUCCUGAGCACCGCUCAGAGCACGAGGCACAUGUUCUCACUGGAUGAGAACACAGGGGUGAUGAGAAAUAACCAGCCUUUGGAUUUUGAGGAUGUAAAACGAUACACCAUGGAAGUAGAAGCCAAAGACGGAGGCGGACUGUCCACUCAGUGUAAAGUAAUCAUAGAAAUCCUUGAUGAAAACGACAACAGCCCAGAAAUAAUCAUAACCUCUCUCUCAGAUAACAUUUUGGAGGAUUCUCUUCCCGGAAUAGUCAUUGCCCUCUUCAAAACACGAGACUUGGAUUCUGGGGAAAAUGGAGAUGUCCUGUGUAAUAUUGGAAGAGACAUUCCCUUCAAGAUUCAUUCUUCUUCUAAAAAUUACUACAAGCUAGUGACGGAUGAGGCCCUGGACAGAGAGCAGACUUCAGAAUACAACAUCACUAUUACUGCAACCGACAGAGGCAAGCCACCCCUCUCCAACAGUAGGAACAUCACACUGCACAUUGCUGACGUCAACGACAACGCUCCAGUUUUCCACCAGACCUCCUACACUGUCCAUGUGGCUGAGAACAACCCUCCGGGAGCAUCAAUUGCCCAAAUUAGCGCCUCUGACCCGGAUCUGGGCCCCAAUGGCCAGAUAUCCUACUCCAUCGUGGCCAGCGACCUGGAGCCUCACGCGCUGUCCUCCUACGUGUCCGUGAGCGCGCACAGCGGGGUGGUGUUCGCACAGCGCGCCUUCGACCACGAGCAGCUGCGCGCCUUCCAGCUGACGCUGCAGGCGCAUGACCAGGGCUCGCCCUCGCUCAGCGCCAACGUGAGCCUGCGCGUGCUGGUGGGAGACCGCAAUGACAAUGCGCCCAGGGUGCUGUACCCGGUGCUGGGACCCGAUGGCUCAGCGCUCUUUGACACGGUGCCACGCGCUGCACAGCCGGGCUACCUGGUCACCAAGGUGGUGGCGGUGGAUGCGGACUCUGGGCACAACGCCUGGCUGUCCUACCACGUGCUGCAGGCCAGCGAGCCCGGGCUCUUCAACGUGGGGCUGCGCACGGGUGAGGUGCGCACAGCUCGCGUCUUGGGUGACAGGGACGCUGCUCGCCAUCGUCUGCUGGUUUCCAUUCAUGACGGAGGACAGCCGCCUCUCUCUGCCACAGCGACGCUUCUCCUGGUCUUUGCAGACAGCCUGCAGGAGGCACUGCCAGACGUCAGCGACCUUCCUGUGCCCUCUGAUCCGCAGGCGGAGCUGCAGUUCUAUCUGGUGGUGGCCUUGGCCUCCAUCUCCGUGCUCUUCCUCCUCGCGGUGAUUCUGGCCAUCGCGCUGCGCCUGCGCCACUCCUCCAGCUUCACUGGGGGCUGUUUUCAGCCUGGUUUCUAUUCCAAGUCAGGACCCAUGGUCCCCCCUAACUACAGCGAGGGCACUUUGCCCUAUUCCUACAAUCUGUAUGUUGCACAGACGGGAAAGACAGAGUUUAAUUUCCUAAAAUGUGCCCAGGUUAUCUACAAUCCCUGA